ACGUAACAUAUAUGUAUCUAUAUAUUCACACUCUCAACUUCCACUCUCUUCCCACUCUCCAAUGGCUUCUUUCUCCACCACUUCUUCACUUCUCCACCACUUGAUCCUCGUAUUAAUCCUAGUCCCACUCGCAUUCUCCGACCAAACACACAAGAGUUACAUCUUCCGAGUUGACUAUGAUGCUAAGCCCUCUAUUUUCCCCACCCAUUUCCACUGGUACACAUCCGAGUUCACCGACCCGACCCGGAUCCUCCACACAUACGACACCGUUUUCCAUGGCUUCUCCGCGUCUCUAACGCCUUCGCAAGCUGCGAGGACGCUGCAACACCCUUCUGUUCUCGCCUCUUUUGAGGACCGGCGCCGGCAGUUGCACACCACGCGCUCGCCGCAGUUUCUUGGGCUGAGGAACCAGAGGGGCUUAUGGUCCGAGUCGGAUUACGGGUCGGAUGUGAUCAUUGGGGUUUUCGAUACGGGGAUUUGGCCCGAGAGGCGGAGCUUCUCGGACCUCAAUAUUGGGCCUGUGCCCAAGAAUUGGAAGGGGAUUUGUCAAGUGGGUGUUAAGUUUAGUGCUAAGAAUUGUAAUAAAAAGAUUAUUGGGGCGAGAUUUUUCUCGAAAGGGCACGAGGCUAAUGAGGGAUUUGGGGGUUUGGGUGGGGGGAUUAAUGAUACAAUUGAGUAUAAAUCACCUAGGGAUGCUGAUGGUCAUGGGACUCAUACUGCUUCUACUGCUGCUGGGAGGUAUGCGUUUAAGGCCAGUUUCGAAGGGUAUGCGGCUGGCAUUGCGAAAGGGGUGGCUCCGAAGGCGAGAUUGGCGGUUUAUAAGGUAUGUUGGAAGAGUUCUGGUUGUUUUGAUAGUGAUAUUUUAGCUGCUUUUGAUGCUGCUGUUAAUGAUGGUGUGAAUGUGAUUAGUAUUAGUAUUGGUGGUGGGGAUGGGAUAUCGUCGCCUUAUUAUCUUGAUCCUAUUGCGAUUGGGUCGUUUGGGGCGGUGUCGAGGGGGGUGUUUGUUUCGUCGUCUGCAGGGAAUGAUGGGCCUAAUGGGAUGUCGGUGACGAAUGUGGCUCCGUGGAUUAUGACGGUGGGUGCGGGGACGAUUGAUAGGAAUUUCCCAGCUGAUGUAAUUUUGGGGGAUGGGAGGAAGAUCAGCGGGGUUUCGUUGUAUUCGGGGUUGCCAAUUACGGGAAAGAUGUAUCCUUUGGUUUAUCCUGGAAAAUCGGGGGUUUUGUCGGCUUCGUUGUGUAUGGAGAAUUCGCUUGAUCCUAGUGAAGUUAAGGGGAAGAUUGUGAUUUGUGAUAGGGGGAAUAAUCCUAGGGUUGCGAAAGGGUUAGUUGUGAAGAAAGCUGGAGGGAUUGGGAUGAUUUUAGCUAAUGGGAUUUCCAACGGUGAAGGUCUUGUUGGAGAUGCUCAUCUUCUUCCGGCUUGUGCUGUCGGUUCAGAUGAAGGCGAUUUUAUCAAGGGGUAUACUUCGGCUGCUGUGUUGCCAACUGCUAGUAUUUCUUUUGGAGGCACGAUAAUUGGAAUCAAGCCAGCUCCGGUUGUGGCUUCGUUUUCAGGGAGGGGGCCAAGCGGUAUGAAUCCAGAGAUCUUGAAGCCUGAUAUAAUUGCUCCCGGUGUUAACAUUUUAGCCAGUUGGACUGAUGUUGUUGGUCCUACUGGCUUGGAUUCUGAUACUAGGAAGACAGAGUUCAAUAUUUUAUCAGGAACUUCAAUGUCAUGUCCUCAUGUUAGCGGGGCUGCUGCAUUGCUUAAAUCCGCACAUCCGGAUUGGAGUGCUGCAGCAAUAAGAUCUGCUAUGAUGACUACCGCGAAUAUUCUUAAUAAUAUGUUGCAUCCCAUGACUGAUGAGGCCACUGGCAAGGCCAGCACACCUUAUGAUUUUGGUGCAGGGCAUUUGAAUCUUGAUCGUGCAAUGGAUCCCGGACUUGUUUAUGACGUGGUAAAUAGCGAUUAUGUGAGCUUCUUGUGCGCUAUUGGAUACGGUCCAAAGACAAUUCAGGUGAUCACUCGAUCACCUGUAAAUUGCCCUAUGAAGAAGCCCAUGGCAGAGAAUUUGAAUUAUCCAAGCAUUGCUGCUUCGUUUUCAAGCUCUUCAAUGGGGGUUGCAAGCAAGACACUAAUGAGGACUGUGACUAAUGUGGGCGACGCUAAUGCAGUUUACAAGGUGAAGGUGGACGCCCCCAAGGGAACGACGGUGGUUGUCAAACCAGGGAAGCUAGUUUUUACCGAAAGAAUAAGAAAAUUGAAUUACUUUGUUACGGUGAAAGUGGUGCGGAAGAAUAUAGUGAUGGGUGAUGCCGGUGCCUUGUUCGGGUCACUGUCGUGGAUGGAUGGAAAGCAUGUGGUUCGAAGCCCCAUCGUAGUGACUCAGAUAGAUCCCCUGUAAAUUAAUGUCUUCAAAUGUUGUUGUUCCACGGAGGAGAGUGAGUUUUGCAGGGAAACAAAGUUGCAACCCUCAAUUAUACUCUCCCAGUAAGGUAGCAUUAGCUUGCUGCAGCAUUAGUAGUAGUUUUCUCAGUGUGUUAUUUACUUGUCUUAAGUUUGGUAAAACCUUGCAACAGCUUGGAAAAUAGUGGAAAAAAUGUUAGAUGUUGUAUUGUAAACUUUGUAAUAGUAGUGUGAUGAGUGAGACAUUGCAUUUGUCA